GAGAGGGGAAGUCGGCGUGUUUUAUAAAGAGGGGACACACACGGAGUGAAAUCCUCUUCAGUGACCUAGAAGGUACGCAACCCGACCGACAUCUCUACGGUCUGAAGCUCGCAGCAUCUCCAACAGUCACGUGUCUAAGCAUCAGUGUUCAAGAUGUCCACCGCCACAGCCACAAAGCUGAUGUUCGCGAUGCUACUCGCCAUGAUGACCCUCAGCUGUGCCGUGGGCAAGACGUUGGAUCAGCCAGGCGAAAAGGACCGCCUCAUCAGUGAAUUGGAUCUGGUGGACGAUGACGGCUCCAUUGAGACUGCCCUCAUCAACUACCUGUUCGCUAAGCAAGUGGUUAAUCGCCUCCGAAGCCAGAUGGACGUGUCCGACCUGCAGAGGAAACGCAGUUACUGGAAGCAGUGCGCAUUCAACGCUGUCAGUUGUUUCGGAAAGUAAACAGUUGCGCAUCAGACGCACAACUAACUCCAUCCAGUUUAUUUUCUUCCUUAGCAAGGCAAAAACAAUCUCUACGUCACUUCAUUAAGCUCAGAUUAGAAUUUUACUGUCUAAUCCUUUAUCGUAAAUCGUUACCCUUCCUUGGUGUCCUAACCUAACCUAACUUAACCUAACCUAACC